UUUUUUUUUUCGGGCCAUGUCAGGACUUUAAAGCUACACGUUAAAAAAAACCCACCAUCAACACAUACGUACCACAGCCAAGGCAGGCGUCUCUACUGCUAUACUUGGGACACAAUGGCUCGCUUGUUGGUCACCUUGCUGUUUACCAUGGCAACGGCCCAUCUCGUGGGCUCAGAGAAAGGAACGACCCCAAAUUUAGAGGCUGUCUUUAAGGGGCGCUGCUACGACUACUCAGAAGUCGUAUACAAGGCUAUUCUGCCUAUGGUGUCCACAUCCUGUGAUGACCUCUGGACGAAAUUUUUCCAAGCUUUUUCCUUCCGUGCACCGUGUGACGUCAGAGCGGACCUCUACACGCCCUUCCUGCAGGCCGGCAAACAGAGUUUACCAUCAGACAAGGUAUUGUUCUGGUCUGGCGUGUACGCCUUGUCCCACAGGUUCGCUGAGAACGGCAUUCGUUACGUCACGCUAGAGGACACGCUGAUCGGGUACCUCGCCAACUCCCUGAGCUGGUGUGGUCAAGAGAUAGCCCCGGGGAUGAACUACUCACGCUGCCCCAGCUGGGAGGACUGCCCUAGUGAGGCCAGUGAAAGUUUUUGGGCCGGAGCCUCUAGAACUUUUGGUUCAGAAGCAAGAGGAAACGUUACAGUCAUGGUUGACGGUUCGAAUCCCAACAAGCCGGCGUACCGACGCACAAGCUUCUUUGCAAAGUACGAACUCCCCGGGCUGAACAAGACACUAGUCAAAGCUGUGAAUGUUAUCGUGGCACACGAUCUAAGCAAACCAAAAUUAGAGGUGUGUGGCGCUGGAUCCUUGAUCUACCUGCAGCAGGACGUGGAGGCGGCUGGUUUUACUUUCACCUGCGUGGAUGACCCCGAUUCCGUCAUCCACCUGCUGUGUGCUGACGAUCCUACAAGUCGCGAGUGUCAGCUCGUGUUGUCUCACAUCAACGGUCAGCUGACGGACAUGCAGGAAUCUUCGGGCUUCAACAACUUGCCAGACAUAUUCCAAUAGGCAGACUUUUUUCAAUAUGGAGACAUCCCAAAUAGCAGAUAUAUCAAAAUAACAGAUAUUUUAAAAAAAGCAGGCAUAUCUUCAAAGUGCAGCCAAACAUUUUCAAAUGAGUAGACAUUUUCAAAUAAGCAGACAAUCUCCAAUAAGCAGACAUUUUCUAUUACAAUAAGCAGACAAUCUCCAAUAAGAAGGCACUCUUCUAUAAGCAGAAAUUCUCAUAUAAGCAGACAUUCUUCUAUAUGCAGACAUUCUCCAAUAAGCAGACAUUAUUUAAUAAGCAGACAUUCACCAAUAAAUAGACCUUCUUCUAUAAGUAGACAUUCCCUAAUAAAUAGACAUUCUUCUAUAAGUAGACAUUCCCCAAUAAGUAGACCUUCUUCUAUAAGUAGACAUUCCCUAAUAAAUAGACAUUCUUCUAUAAGUAGACAUUUCCUAAUAAAUAGACAUUCUUCUAUAAUAAGUAGACAUUCCCCAAUAAGUAGACACACUGUCCUAGAUAGCCAGAAAUAUAACCAGACAUCAAGGUAUCGUAUGAACUGCACACGAAAUUUAAACCAACUAGGUGUUGACAUUUAUAAAACAUCACUCAAUAUGAAUCAGAGUAAAAUACUGAACUAAAACAAAACAUCAUAAAAUAUGAACCAGAGUAAAAUAAUGAUCUAAAACAUCAAAUUACACUUAGCACAUAGAUCUCUAAAUGUAAUUAGAAUAUGGCAUUAAAAUCAAACUCAAGCUGAA